UUUAUACAUAAACUCCUUUCUUCCUCGCUUUCACUUUCACCCCCAAAUUGCAAAUUCUGCUCUGCAAUUCCAAUCCCAAUCUCAGUUCGGAUAAUCAAUCUAUCAUGAAUCAGUGCGUCCCUAGCUGGGAUCUCGACGACGCUGCACAGCCGCGUUUCAUCCGAGCUCACUCCAAUUCGUUGGCGCCGGAUGUGCCUUCUUUGGAUUAUGAAGUGGCGGAGCUAACUUGGGAGAACGGCCAGCUCGCAAUGCACGGAUUAGGACCUCCGCGAGCGCCGACCAAACCACCGCCGGCGAAGUACGCCGCGGCCGCCGGAGCCGGAACGCUUGAGUCGAUUGUGAACCAGGCGACCUGUCUCGUGCCGGAGCAACUCAAGUCCGACGCCGCCGCGGCGGAGAAUGCUGAGGACCUCACGACGUGGUUCGAACACCGCCGCGGAGCGGCGGAGGCAGUGGCGGCGGCGGCGACGGUGGCUGUUACGUUGGACGCAUUCGUCCCCUGCGCCAAUCAGAGCAACCGUCGAGAAGGUUCCAGGCACGUGCAGGAAACCGCCGGCACGUGCAAUUGCAAAACCGCUCAGAACCACAACCACAACAUAAGCGUGAGCGAGAGCACCCCCACGUGCCGUGACCGCCGUCGAGUGACGGCGACCUUCGACACGGCCGGGGAGAGAGAAUUAAGCGGCGCCGGAGGGUUCACGUUCACCUCCCUAUGGUCGCCGGAGGAGAACACCAGUUCCGGCAAGGACUACCCGAAGACCACGUCCGGAGAGGACCCCGACUCCGUCUGUCACAGCCAGUCACAGCUGGAAGUUGCUGAUAAUGAAAGAGAGGUGGUGAAGAAGAAAGCUGGAAAUGGUAAAUCCUCUGUUUCAACAAAGAGGAGCAGAGCAGCCGCCAUUCACAACCAGUCUGAAAGGAAAAGAAGAGACAGAAUAAAUCAAAGGAUGAAGACCCUCCAGAAGAUGGUCCCAAAUUCCAGCAAGACGGAUAAGGCGUCGAUAUUGGACGAGGUGAUCGAUUAUCUGAAGCAGCUGCAAGCACAAGUGCAGAUGCUGAGCAGGAUGAACAUGCCGAUGCCCCAGAUGAUGCUGCCCCAGCUUGCUGCCUUUCAGCACUUCACUUCCAUGAUGGCUGCCGCCUCUGCGGCAUCCUCAUCUGCCCCAAUGCCGGUGCCGGUGCCUAUGCCCACCCCCAUGAUGGGCCACCCUGCCGUGGACUUCAACAGCCUCGGCCGUGCAGCCGGAAUGCCUCCCUUCAUCGCCUCGCCGUGGGAUAUGCCGGCUGAUCGCCCAGCCGCCGUGCCGGAUCUCUUUUCCGCGUUUCUCGGGGCACAAUCACAAAUUGAUAUAUAUUUGCAGCCGAUGACGAUGGACGCAUAUAGUAGGUUAGCAUCUUUGUAUCAACAAUUUCAGCAAGGAGCCGGGUUUGGUGCGGGAGCUGCUGGUUUAGGAUCGUCUUCGAAGAAUUAAUUUUUAAAAUUUUUGUAAAUUAAUUAAUUUAUAAAAUGCAAGAGGUCUUUAAAAUAAAAAGGUCUUGAUAUAAAUACUACUCCUUCCGUAUCACAUAAUUUGUCUCUACUUUUUAUUUUCGUCCGUCCUACAUAACUUGUUAUUUUUAUUUUUGGAAAUAUAAUUAUGCACUUUAAUCACAUUUUAAAAUUUAAAUUUUAUAAUUUUCUUAAUUUUAAUUAAACUAUUUACUUAUCUUAAUUUUAAUCUAUAAUUAUUUUUACUAAUUAAUAAUUAUUUUUACUAAUAUACUUCUUAAUUACUUACUAAUUAUACUUUACCUAAAUCCCCGUGUCUACAGUAUUUUGAUUUAAAUCUCCACCAAAUUGGAGAUUAUGAUCGAUGCUUGAUUUGAUUAAUUUAUAAAUUGAUAUAUUAGAUUUUAUUUGUAUAUAUUUAAAUACUCUAUCCGUCUCAAAAUUAUAAUUUUUGUUGUGUUGGGUACGAAAUUUAAAGAAUAUUAGUAUUAUAUUGAUAAUGGAUAAAAAGUAUAGGUAAAAGACUUUUUUGCCCUUAUGAGUGUAUUAAUGUAAAAAGUAGUGACAAUUGUGCAAUAAUAAUAAAAAGGUAAGGGUAAUUUUAUAGUGAUAUAAUUAUUUAUAAAAAUAAGACUAUUGUUUUGAAACGGACAAAAAUAAUAAAUAAAACUAUUGUAUUGAGACGAAGGGAUUAUUUAAUAUGGUGAGUGGGACGGAUGGAGUAUUAGUUUUAGUACUUUGUAACAGUGGAGAAAUAAUACGGUGAGUUUAAAUUUUGCUGCUAUUAUACCGGUUUGUUUGAUAAGUCAAUUGAUAUAAUUAUAUUUAAAUCCUAUUGUUUUCUAUUAAAAUUUUUAAAUUAAAUUUCGUGCAAUAUGAUAUUAUAAUUACUACUCCCUCCGUCUUAGAUAACAUGGCGCAUUACUGUAGAUCCGAAAAUUUAGGUAAAAUAUAAUUAGUAAGUAAUUAAGAAAUGUAUUAGUAAAAAUAAUUAUAGAUUAAGAUUAAGAUAAUUAAAUAGUUUAAUUAAAUUUUUAAAAAAUUUAAAAUACGAUUAAAGUGUAUAAUCAAUUUUCCAAAAAAGGAAAUGACAAAUUAUGUGGGACGGACAAAAAUAGAAAAUAAAGACAAAUUAUGUGGGACGGAUGGAGUAAUAAACAACCAAGGCCAUUAUGGGCGUGUUUGGCUUAUUCAAUUAGCUGAUAGUUGUUAGUUGAUUCAGUUAGCUGGUUUGACUAGCUGAUUUGAUUAGUGGUUUCUAUUAAAAUAUUUGGUAAAAAAACUGUUUGAUAUUAGUUAUUUAUACAUAAAAUGACAAUCGAGGAUAUUUCUAUUUUAUUUUUUCUAAUAUAUUCAAUUAUGUUCUUUUUC